AUGGUGACACCACCCGUACCGCCCAAUGAUGGCGGCAACCUCCUAGCAGCUCCAGGAGGCGGCCUAUCCUCUGAACGCAAGGGCAAGAAGCGUGUCGGUUGGCAUUCUGCUAGCGACAGCUUGGGCGGCGACUCCUCCAAAGACGCAACCGCCAUCUCACCACCGCGCGACGGUGCCUCGAGCGUUUCCACGCCUUCGGUGCGAGGGACACCGCAGCCCGGAGCCCCGGAUGCUCUCGAGCUCACCAUUGCCCUGACCAAGGUUCUCUCCGAAGAGAAGCAGCGGCGCUCUCCUGACAGCAAAGCUCCCAUGGAUGCUGCUCUUCACUCCAUCGACUCCUCCCCACAUGCGACGACGGCUGCACAGACCCCAAACCUUCUCCGGGCCCCGAGGCCAGUCCUGCGUCGUAACACUAGUUACGACGCUCCCAAGGAGCGCGAGGAAGCAGACCUGGCAGAGCAAAAGGCCAGUCAACGUCAGGUUCGGUCCAUAACGGACGCACGGCAGAGAGCUGAUCGUCUGGCCAUGUCCGUGGGAAGCUACUCUGCUCCCGCGUCCAGGCGUAACUCGUCUGAGCUCAACUCCGCAUUCCAGCCCCUUCUCGAGGAUGUACUUGAUCAAGGCGAUUGGCUGGGUCAUGACGAUAUCAAGACUCCCCCUGUCGCCUCCCAUAUCAGACAUCGCACCCCGCACUCAUCUCAACCGCAAGCCACACACAAUCAUAAUGUCGCAGAGUCGCUUGUGCUGUCUCAUGCCAACAAGCCCGACUUUUUUCAUCGCCACCAUAAGUCCACAUACUCUGGCACUUGCACUCCCAUCACCACCGAAUCGCAGGACUAUGUUCCUCAGCCAUCAAAAUAUCGUGGCGGCAUCCUAUCGUCCUUGUUGAAGCUCUACCAAGAUGAUAGAGGACAGAGCACCAGCGUGCCCAGCUCCGAAUUCAACUCUACCGCAACAACCCCCGUCAUGUCGCCGCGCAACUCGCCACCUAGCUCGAGGCGACCUUCUACUACAGGAAGCAGCCGGUCCCGGCCCACCAGCGGCUUGUUCUCCUAUCACAAGUCGCAAUCGUCGACCUCUUCGCUAGCCUUGACCGAGCUACUCAAGUCGUCCUCCAUGCUCGCCGUCCCGGUAUCCCGUCAAAUCUCCGACCAAUGGGAUUACAAAAUCAAAAAGGAGAAGCCGCACAAGCCGAAGAAAGAGAAGCAUCGCAUCACUGUUCACAUUGCCGGUACCAUUGCCCGCCAUCGCUAUCUCAUGAAGCUAUGUCGGGCUCUCAUGAUGUACGGUGCCCCUACGCAUCGACUUGAGGAGUACAUGACCAUGUCGGCUCGCGUCCUCGAGAUUGAAAGCCAGUUUCUGUAUCUUCCUUCAUGCAUGAUCAUCUCAUUCGAUGAUAGCUCCACCCACACAACCGAAGUCAAGCUCAUUCGUGUGCCACAGGGCAUCGAUCUGGGGAAGCUUCGUGAUGUUCACAAUAUUUACAAGCACGUUGUUCAUGACAAGCUCGGUGUCGAGGACGCUACUAAGCAACUUGAUGAGGUGAUUAACCGCGAUACCAAAUUUCCUGUCUGGUUCCGAAUCAUCAUGUACGGUGUUGCGUCGGCCAGCGUUGCUCCUUUUGCUUUCGAAGGUCGCUUCAUCGACUUGCCGUGUGCUUUCAUACUCGGGUGCAUCGUCGGCAUCCUUCAAUUGGUUUUUGCACCAAGCAAUGAACUCUAUGCCCACGUCUUCGAAGUCUCGGCCUCCAUCAUCACCUCAUUCAUUGCUCGAGGCUUCGGUUCUAUCAACAAUGGACAGCUGUUUUGCUUUUCAGCUCUGGCGCAGAGUAGUAUCGCUCUCAUCCUGCCAGGGUACAUUGUGCUUUGCAGCUCACUCGAGCUUCAGAGUCACAAUCUGGUUGCCGGUGGUGUCCGCAUGGUGUAUGCUCUCAUUUAUACCCUAUUCCUGGGCUAUGGAAUCACAAUUGGAGCCACCCUUUACGGUAUGAUGGACUCCAACGCCGCAAGCGAGACACACUGUUCCGAGCCACUACACCGUGGGUGGUACAUGCUCUUUGUGCCUUGCUUCACACUGUGCUUGUGUAUUGUGAACCAAGCCAAGUGGAAGCAGAUCCCUGCCAUGCUUGUCAUGGCUAUUGCAGGCUAUGCCGUCAACAGCUACACUAGCCUCUACUUCAAGGGCAACGGGCAGAUUUCGAACAUGCUGGGUGCGUUGACUGUCGGCAUCCUCGCCAAUCUGUACUCGCGACUAGGUCGACACGCAGAUACCGUUUGGCUGGACUUUAGCGACUGGUGGAGGAAGAAUGUAACGCGUCGCUAUUUUAGCAAGCGCAGCAACCGGUCCAACACAUGGACAGGAUCCAUCUCUGACGCCGAGUCCGCCACCAGCGAAAGCAUGCAAAAGGAAAAGCACGAGAGCAGACGCAACGUCGGUUACAGCCUUGCCGCAGCCGCCAUGCUCCCAGCCAUCUUUGUGCAGGUCCCGUCUGGCCUGGCGGCUGGUGGCUCCCUCCUUGCCGGUAUUACGUCUGCCAACGAGGCAACCGGAAACACCAGCACGAUUGAGACGUCGCCGAACAGCCUUGGAAGCAUGGACAGCACUGCGUUCAACGUGCUCUUCCUUGUUGUCCAAGUUGCCAUUUCCAUCAGUGUCGGUCUCUUCAUGAGUGCACUGAUUGUAUACCCACUCGGCAAACGCCGCAGUGGUCUAUUUAGCUUCUAA